AUGGGUGAAGAUUGCAGUGUGCUGAUUUCUCAAUGCAAUGUCAACUAUUCAUCUACAGGAAGGAAAUCUACAAUGGACCUGAUGUGCAUUCAUACUGAAGUUAUCCCAACGGAUAAUGACUUAAGUAUUAAUGAUCUGAGAACAAGCGUUCCAAUCGUUGCCGAAAUCAAUAUUUCUGAAAACUUAGUAGCAGAAGUUGUCAAUCCCAUUGACAUAGAAUUCACACCAAAAUUGAACAUGCAGUUUGACACUGAGGAUAAAGCAUACGACUUUUAUAAUGCUUAUGGGGGUAAAGUUGGAUUCAGUAUUCGUAAGGAUUAUGCAAAUAAAAGCCGUAAGACAGGAAAUAUUACAACAAGCAAGUUUGUGUGUUCCAAACAAGGUUUUAGGGUGAAUGACAAGAGGGAUAUCCAUACAAGAAAGCCCAGGGCGGAAACUCGAACCGGUUGUGGUGCACUGAUGCAAAUUAGAUAUGACCGCAAGAAGGGAAAGUAUGUUGUAUAUAAUUUUUUCGAAUCUCACAAUCAUCCUAUGAUAAUUGAAGAAUGCACACAUAUGAUGCCAUCACAACGAAGAAUAAGUGUUGCCCAAGCAAUUGAUGUGGAAUUGGCCUGCCAAUCUGGAGUUCCACUCGGUAAUGCAUUUGAGUUAAUGAGCAGGCAGGCUGGUGGGAGGCAAUCAAUUGGCUACACCAAAGUUGAUCAACAAAAUUUUCUAAGGACAAGAAGACAGAAUUCGAGAAUGAUAAUUGACUAUGGGCAUUUUGGAGACGUCGUCACAUUCGACACGACAUACAAGCUCGUCCAAAGCAAUCGUCCUUUUGCGGCUUUUCUUGGUUUGAAUCAUUAUCGGGAGACUGCUGUCUUUGGACUAGCAUUGAUGUAUGACGAGACUGCCAAUUCCUUUGCGUGGCUGUUUGAUUCAUUCUUGAAUGCAAUGUCGGGUAAAGCACCACAAACGAUUCUUACUGACCAAGAUGGUGCAAUGGCAAAGGCGUUGGCACAAGUUAUGCCGAGGACAAGACAUUUACUUUGCACGUGGCACAUUAUGGCAAAUGCACAAAAGCAUGUAGGCACUAUUUUUAGGAAUGAUGAAGGGAUUAAAAGUGUGCUGAGUCAAUUCAUGUACUGUUAUGAUGAUGAGGAUGAUUUUUGUAUACAAUGGGAUGUAAUGUUAAGGGACUACAAUGUUGUUGGUAACACAUGGUUGAACAAUUUGUUUGGUUUAAGAGAAAAAUGGGGUUAUCCAUUUGUUAAACAUUGGUUUACCGCUGGAAUGCGGACAACGCAGCUGAGUGAAAGUUUAAAUAGCUGCUUGAAAGAGUACUUAACCAGGAAAAUAAGUAUUCCAGAUUUCUUCAUGCACCUUGACAGGCUAUUGUCAGACAAACGGUACAAGGAAUAUCAAGCUGAGUAUGGUUUACUCAGUAAACUACCUAGACUUAAACAAAAUUGUCCCAUUCUAAAACAAGUGGGCAAUAUGUACACAUUGAAGAUUUUUGAACUUUUCCAGGACCAAUUCAUAGAAGCUUGUGUGGUUGGUACCGUGGAAGGAACAAGUUUUGAUGAAAAUGGAUUACGUGUUUCUAGAGUAUCUGUUCAUGAUGGCAGUAUGGAUCGGACUGUAACAAGGUGGGAUGAUGGCUUUCUAACUUGUUCGUGCGGGAAAUAUGCAAUGGAAGGUAUUUUGUGCAGCCAUGUACUUAAAGUACUGAAAGACGACACUCAGUAUUUCAAAGAAUUACCUUCUAUGUAUAUACUAAAAAGGUGGAUGAGAAAAGCUAGGGAUAACAGCGUACAAGACAUCCGUGGAUGUGAAGUUAUUGCUGAUCCUAAACUUGAAGUACGCAGAAGGAAACACAUUAAUGUUGAAAGGCAAUGUUUCGAUGUUGAACAAGAGGCAACCAAUUCAGCUUUUUCAACUGAAAGAAGUAAUAAUCAUGAACAUAAUGAAAGUAUCAUUAGGGAAGCCGUGACCGGAAGUAAUGCCAAGGGUAUAAAGAAUAAAGAAACAGGUGGUAAGGGACCAAGGCGCAGGAAGAAGAAUAAGUUUGAACAAUACAUGCAGAGAAAAAAAAACUAUGCGAAACGAAAGAAAUCAAAUGGCAACAACAGUGUUAGUGCAGGUGUAGGUGGCAGUAGUAUCGUGCCACCUAUUACAUAUGUACGUCUGAAUGGUUGUGACAUUCCUAGCGACGCCACUUGGAUUUACGAAGAUCAUCACCCAUGUGCACGUUUACAUUCGGAAACAAAUAUCGACCAAAUGACAUAUUGCCCUACCACUAACUUCAGUCAUCCCAGGACUCCACCAACUGAACAGGGGACUCCAUUUGUUUCGUAUCAUGAAUGCCGAUUCUCAGAUUAUCUUGAUGUUGAUCACACCAGUGGUGACUGUAAUUUGAUGCCAAUGUCGGAGGAGACAACAUCCGAGAUCAAUCCUCCAGCUCGGCAAAAUUUGUUUUGA